AACUUUGAAACUCAUCGACGGACUGGCGAAGUUUGGAGACUUUGGAGUCUUGGAGAGGGCGUUUUGAAGAAUGGACUUGAAUAUGGCGGAACCCGGCGAGAUUCUACCAGAUCGGAAGAUAGAUACAUCGGCGUACGAUUUGCUUCAAACGACUAAGACCUCCGUGGAGGAUAUAGUUGCACAGAUGCUUUUCAUUAAGAAAGAAGGAGGCGGAGGAAGUGAUAGUACCAAAUCACAACUCCCUGAACUCGUGACGCAAAUGCUCCUCAACUUUGUGAACCUUCGGAAGGCAAAUCGUUCCAUUUUGCUUGAAGAAGAUCUUGUAAAAUCAGAGACAGAACAUGCAAAAGCACCUGUAGACUUCACAACACUGCAACUCCACAACCUUAUGUAUGAGAAAAAUCAUUAUGUGAAAGCAAUAAAAGCCUGCAAAGACUUUAAGUCCAAGUAUCCAGAUAUCGAACUUGUUCCUGAGGAAGAAUUUUUCAGAGAUGCACCAGAAGACAUUAAGAACUCUGUACAGUCAAAUGACAGUGCCCAUGAUCUGAUGCUUAAAAGGCUCAACUUUGAGCUAUUCCAGCGCAAAGAAUUGUCUAAGCUCCAUGAGAAGUUGGAAGAGCAAAAGAAAGUCCUUCAAGACACAAUUGCUAACAGGAAGAAGUUUCUAUCAAGUCUUCCUUCACAUCUUAAGUCUCUCAAGAAGGCAUCUCUUCCAGUACAAAACCAAUUGGGAAUUCUUCACACAAAGAAGCUAAAGCAACACCAGUCUGCUGAGUUGCUCCCACCUCCUCUUUAUGUAAUAUACUCUCAGUUAUUGGCUCAUAAAGAAGCAUUUGGUGAGAGUAUUGAUCUUGAAAUCAUGGGAAGCAUGAAAGAUGCUCAUACUUUUGCCAGACAGCAAGCCAAUAAAGACAAUGGCAUAUCUCCUAGUAUAGAGAAUUCCAAGAUAGAAGAUGAUGUGGUUGAUGAAGAAGAUGAUGGUCAAAGAAGGAGAAAGCGUCCUAAGAAAAUCCAAGUAAAAGACAGUCUUGACCCUGCAAGAAUAUAUCAAACUCACCCACUUAAACUCACCCUCCAAAUACAUGAUGAUGAGGCUUCUGAUCCAAAGUCUACAAAGCUUAUCGUAUUGAAAUUUGAGUAUUUGCUGAAGUUAAAUGUGGUUUGUGUUGGCAUCGAAGGAUCAAAUGAAGGUCCAGAAAGUAAUAUCUUAUGCAACCUCUUCCCAAAUGACACAGGACUCGAGCUUCCUCAUCAGUCAGCUAAGCUUUGGAGUGGUGAUGGAUCCAUAUUUGAUGAAAAAAGAUCUUCACGUCCAUAUAAAUGGGCGCAACAUUUAGCUGGAAUUGAUUUUUUACCAGAGGUUUCACCUCUCCUUACGCCAGGUGGCGAAUCCAUUAAUGGUGAAACAACAAAACAAUCUGCUGUCAUUUCUGGAUUAUCAGUAUAUCGCCAGCAAAACCGUGUACAGACAGUUGUCCAAAGGAUCCGUGCUAGAAAGAAGGCACAGCUGGCACUUGCGGAGCAGAUUGAGUUGCUAACAAAGCUUAAAUGGCCUGGUUUGACUUUUCAAACUGUACCCUGGUUUUCACAUACCCGUGUGUGUAGUUUACAGAGUUGGACAAUUAAGCCCUUGGCCAACCCUUCUGCUGCAGCCAUUGAAGAACAAAUUCAAGCUCCACAACAAGCCGAGACAGUUGGUGAACCUGAUACUUCAAAACCAGAGACAGAGAACAUAAGGGAAGAUGGUGAGCUUCCAUCUCUAAAUCCCGCAACCAUUGCGAAUGAAAUUAGUCAAAUUACGAUUACGCCCUUGAAAGGAUCAGGCAUCGAGCAUUCGAAACGUCUCUCUUUGAUUACUAAAUCCAUGGCUUCUCCAAUGAGCAAAGGGAAAUCACCAAGUUUCAGAAGGCUUGAUGAAGAAUUGGAUUUAAUGGUUUCCGAUAGUGAGGUGGAUGAGCCUCCACAAACCGAGCCAGAGACCGAUGAAGUAAUGGUACCCAGGGGUAUAAAGGUAAUUGAUGACACGUGGAUUGCAUGUGGGACCCGAGAAUAUCGUCUUCUACUAACAAGAAAAGUGAACAAUGGUGAUGGGUACAUGAAACUAGAAGCCAAGAUAGAGAUCAGCAUGGAGUAUCCCCUCAGGCCGCCAUUUUUUUCCUUGAAUCUUUUUAGAGCCGCCAAUUUAGAAACUGAGUCUGAGACUGAGACGGAGGCUAAUGAGUGGUUUAAUGAACUUCGUGCCAUGGAAGGCGAGGUGAAUAUUGAGGUGGUAAAUAUGAUACCAUGGGAGGAAGAAAAGCAUGUAUUGGGGCAUCAAAUAUGUUGUCUUGGGAUGCUGUUUGAUUUUUAUAUGAAUGAUGGAGGGGUUGAAAGUGAAAAGGGAAGGUGUAGUACUACUAGUGUGGUGGUGGAUGUUGGGUUGUGUAAACCGGUCAAUGGGAGGUUAGUUGCAAGAAGUUAUAGGGGUAGAGACCAUAGGAAAAUCAUCUCUUGGAAGCACAAUGGUUGCACCCCUGGUUUCCCUUGCUAGCCAUACCCAUACCCAUGAGAUUAUGUAAUUCUUUUGUCAUGUCAUUUAUGUUUUUUAUAUUCAUAAUACGACAUCAAUAACUAAUACUUGACACGCCACUUUGGAUGAUGAUCUUCUGCAUGAAUACAGUAUGUUAAAUACCGUUAUCUUCCAAAA